AUGUCUAGGACGUUUAAAGACGCCAUAAUUGCGUGCUCCAAAGAAUUUACGUCUACCAAUGAAUACAGAACAAUCACAAGAAGAAACGGACAUGAAAUCAUCACUGUUACUGACAACAAAGUUCUCCUUACCAACUUAAUUCCAAAUGGAAGCGAGAAGACAGGCAGCUCCACCAUAGAUUUGAUUGAUGAUUUGAACUUUAUGCCUUCUGAAAUCUUAUUAAACGAAACUGAAGAAUUAUGCUGUAUUUACAAUCAUUCAAACAUAUGGCUUUUCUCCUUAACUAGAGAAGGGUCGAAAUUCAGCUUUAGUGUCACCUAUAAAAUCGAUUUGACACUUCAACAGGGGACCCAGAUUAUACAAGUUGUUUUUAACAAUAAAAGUAAAUAUUCUUCGGAAAUUGUUGUUUUAACCAACCAUGAAAUCUUAACCUAUAAUAUAAAUAUAUCAUUGAAAGAAUAUGUCCAACGAGUAGCGUUGCACGAAUUAAACACAGGUGCUUUUGAUUAUGAGUCGUCCAUUGUUGAUCCUGUCUCCAUCUGCUUUGGUUCUUCAAAGGCGGAUAUUUUUAGCGACUCAAAACAGUUAACACCACAAGAUGACAUCACUCUAUACUUGUUAACGUCUGAUGCGUCAAUUUACAAGAUCUUUCCUUUCUUUCCAUCUGAACUCUCAGUUUCUAAGGAAUGGUUAUCAGAUUUAUUUGAUUUAACAACAUUGACGUUCAAAACGGUUGAAGAUGAAAUCGAGCAAUCAAAGCUUUUAUCUUCAGUCAAGGUUGCAGCACUCUUGCAGAACACGAGGGAUCCUUUAUCAAUAGUUAUUGAGAACACUAUUCCGGCUGUGUAUCGGAGGGGAAAGUUAGUUGGUCCUCUGUGUUUGGAAUCUUUUCCUGAAGAUUUAUAUGCGCAAAAUGCUAUUAAACUGUUGACAUUGCCCAAUGGAGUGAUGGUUAUUGUGUUUGAUCACUCAGUUGUUGUUUUUAGUACAAACCAUGGGUCCCGAAUGAUUUUUGAACAUCAAACCGGUGAUACUGAAGAUUCUUUCCAGCUGCUUGAAACUUUGUUUUUUGAUGAAAAGCACGGGUCCAUUGACACUGCCACUGCGCACCCGGUGAGUAACAACUCUAUUUUUCUAACGGCAUCGAAUGGAUCUGUUAUCCAGGUUGACUUUUCACAAUGGAUGUCUUUGUUAUCAUCAGGUCUAGAAACAGGCGAUUUAUCCGAAUUCAGUAAGUUAUGCGAAAGUGAAAGGCUUCCAACAGAAAUCAUAAAUCUUGGAAAGAUGAACUUGCCCAAGGAGGAGAGUUUGGACUCGAGUGUUCACCUUAGAAGCCAUGAAAACCAGAUUUGGUUUGCUUGGAACACCCGAGAUGUUUUUGCUAUGGUAGUCAAGAAAGAUACAGAAGACAUCUUAAGCAUGUUUCUAAUUAGCGUUGCAGUGGAGUCCAAAUAUGAAGAGGGAGAAUACGACAAUGGUAAAACCAAGGUAUGUGAAGACAGCCUAUACAAAUCUGAGUUAGUUCGUACUUUUGAGGAGGAGGACGUUCCACAGAUCAAGAAGUCAUUGCAAAAAAUCACCGAGAUUACUCUUGCAAUGAAGAAAUGUCCUACUAUUAUUUUAAAUGAGGAUGAAACUACUCUGGAUGAUUUGAAGGUUGUCCAUAAUUUCACCGAAUUAGUCAGUGCUGGUCAACUAAUUCUGUACAAAGUGUUAUCCAUUUUGUCCAAAAGACUGAAGAUGCUAUCGGUUGAGUAUCAUCAGCAACUAACCGCAUACCAUACAGUAAUGAUGAAAAAGGAGAAAAUUCUUCAAAAUUACCUUAAAUUGAAAAACGCAUUUUUGGAAGCAAAGGAAAGGCAAGACCAACUUUUAGUGAAAAUGGCAAAGGUUAUGAAUAAUACCGAAAUCCUUGAAGCCAAGGGUAAUAUGAAGAGUGUCAGUAUAUCCUAUCAAGAAAACGCAUACUUCAAGGAAUUAUCGCGUAUGAGAGACUAUGUUAUAAGGAAAGAGAGAGAACUGAAAGAAUUGAACGAGUUGGUCUCAAACGUCAAAAAUGCCGAGGACAGUGUACUCUUGAAGAACAAAGAAGAACUUCUAAAUGAUUAUCAUAAUAGACGGUCGCUCGCUGUCUUCCGACAAAACCUAGCUUCACAGAAGGUCUUUAUUGACACUUUAGUUGAAAGGAUAAACAGCUUUCAAUUGGAUUAA